AUGAAAUACUUGAAAUCCAUUGUAUCAAUUGUGUAUUCAUUUGCAAAUAAUACUUUUACCGUCCACCUGUGACGUGCAAAAUAGUAACUGGGCAAACAUUGGAUGCAAUAAAUGGACUCCCUCACCGCUCACCAAUAAAUUUGCCAUUACGCUUGCAAUCAAGCAAAACAUUGAUGUUUUAAUUAGCUUCCUUUCUAAACCUUCCCAUCUUGAUUGUGCGUUUUUUUUUGGCAAUCGUUUCCUUCCAUUCGUCUCUCACGCUUAAGAACGCAAGAAAAUGGAGCAAAACACUAACACCUUCCACUCGUUCAUCUUCCUCUUCCGGGAUUGUGUGUGUGUGCGCGCUAGUGUUUUUUUCUCUUCAUUCUUCAUCUGUUGAGCAGUUGAGUUCCACCAUGGACGAUCUUAUUUCCCGACGCCCCCUUGCGAACUCAUUUCCAUAUGCGGGCGGUUGGGCGUCCGCAAGAUAUUAUUGUUUUCUCUCGGUUUCCUUUCGGUCUCUAAUGAUGGUUUGAUAGCCUGAUUAUGUUUGUCUAACGGAUUCGGCUGUUUUCUCGCUCUCGCCUGUUCCUUGUGUGUCCCUCUGGUUGGCGCUCCGGGGUUAAGUUCUUAAUGGGCAAAAUCAUUGAAGCGUUCUUGGUUCGAAAACCGCUCAGGUUGCUUAGGUGAAGUCGCCCAAAGCAACCGUACCCAACCUCCCCCCCCCUUUCAAGUGGCCUUAGGACGUGGUCUUCCAGAAGGUGAGACAAGCACACUUACAGACGCGUAAACUUCACUGCACUGGCCACUGGGAGAUUAAAGCUGUGUGUAGUUGCCUUUUUUUGUUGUUCUCUUUUUUUUGUUUUGCUCAGAGACAAGCUUUUGUUGACUUUCGUUUCAUGGUGGCAAAAGGUAUCGUUCUUCUUCGUUUUUUUUUAUGUACUCCCUUUGGAGCCAAACGCUUGAUCUGUUUGCUUCUCUGUUUUUCGUUUUCCGGCCGUGCGCGAAAUGCUUCGCUUUCGGUGGAUUCUUCUUGCAUUCCUGCACACACAUCGCAUCAUCAUCAUCAUCAUCAUCGUUUCUGUCUCUCUUUCUGUCUCUUUCGCUGCUCGCAAGCCUGGUUGGAGCAUGGUACUUUUCCCCAUCACUGGAGAAAAUCAGUUUUCUUCUCACCGAUCGUGUGCGGCUCGCGAUCAUUCGUCGCUCAACCAGCGAACCAACCGGACCGUGGUUACUGCUGUGCGUAACUUGUCGCGCACCAAGCGUUGCGUCUGUUCUGUGUCACACACAUUAACGGUGAACGAUCGUCACGUUAAAACGCGGUGAAUAGGUGUUUGUUUUUUUUGUGAAGAAAAGAGGAAAAUAUUCGCCAAGGGUUUUUGGGUGUGUGAUCACGUUUGUUAUUUUGGAGCACAUUGUUGGUGCACACAAUUAAAAGGUCAAAAUGAUUGAUGAUGAUGAAGUUUGCUAUCGACCGUUCGUUAAUGUGGUUUUGCCACUUCGGGAAAAGCUUUCCGAUCGCGAUUAAUGCAGUUCGACUAACCGGCAGCGUGUGAAGAGAUAUUUAACAAAAAAAGGGUGUUUCUUUUGUGAGUUUCAUCUCGGAAAUACUGCUACAUAACACAACACAGCUUCCGUGCAGCACAGCCACACGGAAAGCUAAAACAAAGUUUGCAACAAACGGUUGCUGAUUGAAUCCUUCGUUCGUUGGUACAUUGCUGUUAACCUGUUUUUUUGUUUUGUUUGGUAUGUGCGUUUACUGAAACGGGUCAGUUGUGUAUUGAAAGAAGGGGAAGAAAACAGUGCCACGGGUGGUGGUGAGUGUGCUGUGUGUUGAUACGCCCCGUGCGGCAACAAAGUGUUCCCGAACGAGUUCUAAAAAGUGAUCAUCAUGAGCCACCAAAAUAUCAAAAGCGACUGUAGAGCGGUUGGCACUCGUAAAGGUUUGUCGCCGAUAAGCCGUCCAGCACUCUCAGCAGUGUUCGGCACGAUGGUGAUGCUUUUCGUUGCGGUGCAAUUCCCGUUCGCCGAUGGAUAUCGUAUGCAGCGAACCCAAUCCAGUUGCUACUACAAUGGUACCCACUUUAUGGAGGGUUCAAUCGUGCCGACGAAAGAACCAUGCUUGAUGUGCAAAUGUACGGAGAAAACGCUUAUAUGCGCGCUGAAAGUGUGUCCAGAGCAACCGAUUCCACCGCCGAGAGGAUGCAUUCUGGUGCAUAAAGCCGGUUCCUGCUGUCCGUAUCUGCAGUGCUCAAAGUUGAACCUGGCAGUGAAAAACAAUGGCGAUCGAAAGAAGCUACACUUUUUGGAUUACUACGAAAAGGCAGCUCAGGAACGAUUGGAAAAGCCUAAUUCGUAUCUGAGACGUGCGGAUGACGAUGAGGUGGAAGACAAUGGAGCUUGUAUCAUUAACGGAACGGUAUACAAAUCGGGUUCGGCCAUGGUCAGUUCGACACUGUGCUCAUACUGUUACUGCAUCAAUGGACGACAGAAGUGUGUCAAGCCCAAAUGUGCUCUGGCGAAUCAAAAAUGUGCCCCAGUGUUUGUAGAUUCGGCUUGCUGUCCCAUUCGGUACGAUUGCAGUGGGAAAACUCCGAUCAAAAACAGUGCAACUGAACUGUCCACCGAGUCGGCAAAUCACGUCCGUCGGAUCAAUAACAAACACUAUCAACGCAUGUCGGAACGUAGAGGUUACCGCAGUAAUGGGUGUACCUUUGGUGGACAUACGUACCCGGACGGUGAGAAGAUGAAGUCGGAAGAUCCAUGUGAAGUGUGCUACUGCAUAAGAGGACAACGAAAAUGUACACCGAAGAAGUGUGCACCAGCCAUCAAGGGCUGUACGCCACGAGUACCGCGUGGAGAGUGUUGUGCGGUGCGAUACGAUUGCAAACAUGGCGAACAGAAACCCUUCGGACGUAAAAUGGAAGACGAGGAAGAAUCAUUUGACUUUUUCUCGAUCCUCUUUGGGCCGGAUCCCGACGCACCGAAAGAGGAAGCGAAGAAUGCUACAAAAACUAUCGAAGUACCCGUCACCGAAGCUACCCCUGUAAGUACAACGUCGGAGAAAAGUUUUCUGGACUUGUUGCGAGCGGGGCUUGACUUUAUUGAUGAUGCUGGAGAGGAUGAGUUGCUGCUGAGCACCACUUCAACAACGGAAGGAAGUACAUUUGCCUCCACGGAGGCACCUCCCGAGCUGCAAACCGUGAAGGUGGAGAUCAUUCAGGAACCGCAAGCGAUUUACAUUGAAAAGCCGGACUUUAAUUUCCCUGUUCGAAAGAUGCCCCCAGUUCCAAUAAUGUUUAAACCGCUACCGAAGAUUCCGACAUUGCUAAUGAAUGAACCGAACUUCCAGAACUUAGAGUCUGAUUCGUUGUUGAAGGAAAAUCCUACAGAAGUAUCGAAUUCGCUUUUGGAAACGACUGUGAAAAAUAUUCCUACGACAGAUGUCUAUGAGGAUAAAACAGAAGCAGAGGAAAUUAUUGUUAGAACAACUACUACGGAGCGAACAAUAACUCCAUCGGCUAAGGUGAAACAGGCAUCGACUACAACAGAGCUUCCGCCUUCUACUGUGAAAUCAACUCAGAGAAUUAGAGCAACUGCUUCGACUAGACCUUCUAGUACAACGUCCACUACUACUACUACUACUACUACCACUACGACGACUACAGCUCCAACUACUACUUCUACUACUACUACUACCACUACUACUGCCCCAAUUACAACUACCACAACUGUAGCUCCAACAACUACUACCACAACUGCUCCUACUACUACUACUACUUCGACUCCACGUACAACUACUACAAAGCAAACAACAAAGAUACCUCCAACGGCUUCGGUUAAAACAGCCUCAUCAGCUACUAUUACAUCAACUACACCAGCAAUAAUAAAGGUGGAAUCUUCAGUAAAGAAUAUUACAGUUCAGAUGUCAACUACAGUAACUCCAUUGAAGCAAGAAUCAUCAUCUCCAUCAACAAGUUCUUCGUUAAAGACAGAUUCUACCAUGCCAACAGAAAAAAUCCUGUCGACAACUGUUUCUACAUCUCCUACAUCAAUCGAAACAUCUACAGAAAUCAUCAAAUCGACAACAACAGCACUACCACCAGCAACGAAAAAGAUCGUAGUAUCUGAGAAAAUAGUACAAACAACACCACAACCAAGUGUCAGUUCCACGCCAAUCGAUGUCGUUAUAAAAAUCGAUCAAUUGGUCGAUAAACAAACGGUAGAAACCAUUAUAAACUCGCUAAAUGCUAAAAUUGAAAAAGUCACAAAAGUAACGGCUACAGAACCGAUCACCACAACAACUCUUGCGACAGAGCGGCCCAACAAUAAAUUUGUAGGAUUCGAACCAGAAAAGAUACCAUCAACAAUUCUCUCCAAAAUGACAACAACGACAGAAUCGACGGAAUCGACUGUUUUGCAGAAUGACUUAACAACGUCUGUAACAACUGAGAGUGAAGUAACUUCAACGGUUGCACCCGAUGUGACGACCAUGAUGAAAGAAGCAACUGAUCGAUUGACGGAAGAGAUCAGCACAAGCACUCAGAGGAUAAGCGAUAGUGAAGAGUCGACAGUGAUGACUUCAACUGUUCCUUCUGAAACAUCGACGAUUCAGGAUGAUGGUUCUGCCGAAACGUUUACAGAAGUUACCGAUACAACCGUCAACUCGUACACCGACACUACUCACGAAGAACUACGCACUGAAGCGUUCAUUGUGGAAAACAACGAUACUGUCACAACGACUGAAACGAUUACGUCGAUCGUACCGACAAAAAUGACACCAACAGUAGCAACUCGCCCACCGAACCCUUUGAAAGAAAAUAAUCUAUUAUCGGUACUACUCAGUGGACUGUCCAAUAUCUUCGACGCAACGAAGAAUGAUUCCGGCAAGCAGGGACAGAAAAAUCGUACCGAAUAUCGUCCCGUUACACCGAAACCGAUACCGAUCAGUGGCUUCCACAAGGUAAGCAAUAUUCCGUCGAUUUUGGAAUCGGACCUAGGGCUGGACUAUGACGAACCAACACUGCCACCAAGUUUACCGAAUCUAAAGAUCAUCCCGUUCUUGCCGGCGGAUGCAGUGAAAAAGAAUGAACCACCAAAACCGGCAAAGAUUGUACCGCCGACGUAUACGUACUUCAAAAACCAUCCGAAUAACUAUCCAAUAGUUAACGAUCCGUACGAAACACCGACAGCGUACGGGAUGAGCAAUGAGCACGAAAUUCUUCAUCCAGGUUUAACGUACAAGGCACCCGGAAAACCGAUAGCGGAAUACGAAUAUUCGUACGAUCCUGCAAUUAAUUAUCCUGCCUUGACGGAGAGCUACGAUGUGGAUGCAAAGAAUGGGUAUUACAAUACGAAGGUUAUACGCGAUAAGUAUGAUACGGUCGACGAAAUGGACUACGACUACGAUACGGAUACGAUACAUAAGUACUCUGAGCAUCCGCAAAAGCAGGACUUGUUUAAGAACGAGCUAAAGAAGUUUAUUCCUACGAAGUAUGAGGUGCCGCAAGAAGGUACUUAUGUCCCAGUGUACGACAAGUACGGUGUGGGAUAUCCGGAGAAAAACGUUUAUUAUACAAACCACAAGGAACUGGCUUAUGGUGGAGCGAAGCUAGACAAGAUACAGGCAAGCACCGAUAAUCCACUGUUCCGGAUUGAUGGAACGGAUAUGAGUGGAUUUUCUCCCCCAACGAAAACGGAAGGUGGUUUUGUACCAAAGGAACCGAUCAAGGAUGAGUUUUACUAUGAAAGUUAUGCAACAACGCCAUUCCCGGUAGAGCUGACGGACGAUCAUCAUGCGAAGUUACCAUAUAACGCCACCCCAACCAGUUCCUAUGGAGUAACUCCAUCUAAUCCAUUCAUUGAUGUGAUCCGAACGGAACCAGCACCUCCACUGAUGUCUUUGAUCGAGGAUAAAGAGAAGCUUCUGUCGACACUUCAAUCGAAGAAUACCUCUCUAGAGGAUCUUCUUGGCGAUCCAAGCGAAGGAAGCGAUGAGUUUGAAAAGCAAAUCAUAUCGAUAACGACCGAUUCAAACUACCUAUCCUCGGUGUCCGAGGAACACGUACCAACACAGCGCACGACACCAUCGAAACCGAACUUUACCGGAUUCGAGUUAAAUUUCCCUGUAUCGGUACACCAUUCCGAGGAACCCGUUUCGGAAGCAACAAAACCAGCUGGUAAUGCCGGUACCGAACAUGAACCUGAACCAAGCGGAAUGUUUAGUCUGGAGAACAUGUUAAACUACUUGCUUCGUGAGGAGGAUCCAAUUAAUGAGAAUAAAUUGCGGAAUUCAACGGGUGGUGGCACUACAGGAUCACUUGUGGAUGGAAUUCCGCCUUUCAAGACGUUACCUUCACGACUGACGGCCGUGUAUGAUCCGACGGUGGGUUUGGAAGCUUCGCUCGGCGAUGUGAAACCACCCUCGGACGAGGAGCUACACGAUGGAACGGUAACGCUGAAGGUGGAAAGUGCCAAAAACGAUACUAAAACACUAUAUCGCCCUUCACUGCUGGAUUUGCCGUUCCUGAAUCCGGGCUUCCACACGAAACCCAUCAACCAGCCGGAAUCAGACACAGAGUCACAAAAUGAGCUAGAUCGAUACGGGUACGGUGGUACUCCUGAACAUCGCGCUGAUCAGUACCAGGUAAUUGCUGAAGGUACGCCUGGUGUGAGUGCCGAAUCGUACGUGGUCAAUCCGGUGGAUAUUAACAAGCUGAAGCAACAUCACUCCGAAGGUACGGCGGAGAUUACCAUGAAGUCUAAGGUGAAGGAUACGGUGGGCAUACUGAAGCUGGCCGGAUGUAACAUUUACGGGCGCAUGUACCGGGUGGGAAGGAUCAUAUCCGAGCUGUCAGGGCCAUGUCUCGAGUGUAAAUGUACCGAAGUUGGUGUGCACUGUACGCCUUUGGAUUGUCGAAGGCGGCGGUAAGCCGGUCCCUUGGUGGCCCGCACUAGGUUUAGACAAGACGUGUGCACGGGUGUUCAUAAGUACGGCUAAUGUAAGUGUAUAGGAGCAUGAGUGUUUGUGUGUGCGUCCACCUUAUGAAUGGAUACCAAUGCUGAAUGGAAGACAGAAUGAACGGGAGUUACUGUGAUUUUCGUGAUAUUAAUCUAUAGUUGUAAGUCAGAUCGACUGAUAAGGUGAUGUCCAGCGGCUGGUUGGACAGGUGUCUUCGAAUCGUAGACACAAACCAUAUCACGUGUAGUACGAAGGGUAAGAAACAAUCGAGCUAACAAACGAAUAACUUCAGGUUUAGGUGAGCUUGUAAUCCAUUUCCUUUGCAAACUAGAGUCCUUCUCGAAUGCGAAUAUCGAGACUCACUUUUAGGUCGAAUAGUAAUUGCCGGAAGCGUUAUUCGAUUUGAGUCGCGCCGUGCGAUAUGACUUGAAUAUCUCUUCCGGAUGGUUUAAGGAGGUUUAAGGUGUAUCACUAAGUGGUCUGCAUACGGUCGUAAUUCUAAGCACUCCGUUCGGAUGUAAAUCGAAUAAACGAAUACACACAGAUAGCGUCGUAUAUAAA